UUUCAUAUGGCAUAAAUCGGAACGUACAGUAAAUAGUAUAUGAAAUUUUUAACAAAAUGCCAGAGUUGAUACAUAUUAGCAAGAGUGGUUACAACUUAAAUAAUUGCACUUGAAUUAAUUAGAAUUUUUAUGUGAUUUAUCUUUACUAUCCGUGAUAUUUAUAGUCUAUUUAUUCGGCAUUUUCUAUUAACAUUGUAAAUGUAAAUUUUUUUAUCUGUAGUGCGUGAAAUUUUAUUUUGAAUUCCGACAAUUAAUAUUUUCAUCAUAAACUAUUUAAGAAUGCUGUUAAUUGUGGUUCCAUUCUUGUUCUUCAUCUCUCGUGUGUCCAUGCAACGAAUGGAGGUAUCUCCUUUAUCAGAAGAUAGCCAUUACAGCAUGAACAUUAAUAUGCCUGAUGUUAGGCCAACUACACCUGAUGCUUAUCUAUGUACAGCCAGAAAACUAGAUCCUCAUGAAGCUUAUAUUGUAAAAUAUGAUCCUGACAUUAGUGUAAAAACUGCACAUCAUAUGCUUUUAUUUGGCUGCAAAGAUAUUAUUAAUCAAAAUCAUUUGUAUCCAACACAUUGGAACUGUGCUCAUGGAGAUCUGUGUAGCCGCAUGACAAUAAUGUAUGGAUGGGCUAAAAAUGCACCACCCAUGGAAUUGCCACAAGAUGUAGGAUUUUUGAUUGGUGGCAACAGUUCCAUUCAUUACCUGGUUUUACAGAUUCAUUAUGCUAAUCCAUUACCUGAGGGAAGUACAGAUAACAGUGGCUUAAAACUGCAUCUUACAACUCAAAGACAACGAUAUAUUACUGGGAUUCGACUAUUGUUAGCUGAUACAGCUCGAAUACCUCCUCGAACACCCAAAUAUCAUGUGGAUGUAAAUUGCAAAUUUGAAGAAAGCUAUGAUAUUCAUCCAUUUGCUUAUCGAGUUCAUACUCAUAAGCUUGGAGAGGUUGUAACUGGAUAUUACUUACAUCCUGUAAAUAAUAGUUGGACCAUGUUAGCCAAAGGAAACCCACAGUGGCCUCAAGCUUUCUAUCCUAUGAACAGAAAGCAUACAAUUACAAAUGGAGACAUAUUAGCUGCUCGCUGUACUUAUAAUUCAUCAGAUAUGAGCCAUUCUGUUAAAAUAGGAUCCUCUUCUAAUGAUGAGAUGUGCAACUUGUAUAUAAUGUACUAUACAGAAUACCGUAAUGCCCUAGCUGGUCAAUCUCCUCCUUGUAUUGGAACACAGUUCAACACUUUGAUAGAUACUUUACCUGUUGGAAAUGAUGUGCCUCUACCUCCUAAUCCUGAAAUGGAACAACAAGCUUUUGGCAAUAUUCAUCAUCAUACAUCUUCUAUCACUUAUAACAACAUCGAGAACCCCGAUUCUGCCUUUUCCAAUGCCAUUUUGCCUUUAGGAUCUGGACCCGAUGGUAUUGGAUUGUUGAAUAAUGAAUACAUGUAUCAAGAAGCUCAUAAUUGGCCAGCUAAGAACUUGCAAUUUGGCCAGGUUGCUGCUGUUACUACAGAUCAUGAUGGAAAUGUUGUCAUCUUUCAUCGCGGUGAUCAUGUGUGGGAUGAACUAACCUUUGAUUACUACAACAAUUAUCUUCCAAUUAAAAAUGGUCCUAUCAAAGCAUCAACUGUUCUAACUAUAGAUUCAGUAACUGGCGCACUUCUACAUCAGUGGGGAAGUAACUUGUUUUACAUGCCACAUGGUUUGUUUAUUAACACUGAUGGAAGUUUUUGGGUAACAGAUGUAGCCAUGCAUCAGGUAUUCCAAUUUGCUGCAAACGAUCUUAAGAAGCCUGCUUUAAUCCUUGGUGAAAAAUUUGUCCCUGGAAAUGAUAAUAGACAUUUUUGCAAACCUGCUAGUGUUGCAGUUAGUAAAACUGGAGAUAUUUAUAUUGCUGAUGGGUAUUGCAAUUCUAGAAUUGUGCGAUUUUCAUCUGAUGGCAAAUACUUGAGUCAGUGGGGAAAACAAGAUAAUAUGUUUGAAAGAGUCCUCAAAUCUUCCCUAUCCAAUGUUCUAGGGAAUCCGCCUGUUGGCAGUUUUAGAAUUCCUCACAAAGUUGUACUGCUGGAGGACAGAGAUCUGGUUUGUGUGGCUGAUAGAGAAAAUGGAAGAAUCCAGUGCUUUACUAUGGUUUCUGGCCGAUUCCGAUUUCAGAUUCAAAGAGCAGAGUUUGGAGGAACUUUAUAUUCAAUAGCUUACUCUCAAGAUAAAGGUCUUCUUUUAGCUGUUUGUGGUGAAGCCAUCCAGAAAGAUCACAUGGUUCGAGCAUUUGUGUUUAACAUUACUGAUCAAAGAUUGUUGAAUGUCUUUGCUCCAAAAUCUGGGACUUUUACAAGGCCUCAUGAUAUUGCUGUGCUACCAGAUGGUGAUGAGGCAUAUGUCUGUGAGAUAGGACCAAAUCUUGUAUGGAAAUUUUUGAGAGUAUACCACAAAUCAACGAAGAAGGUCUUGGAUGUUCCAGGAGUCAAAACUCAUGACGAAUCUACAUCGCAUGCUGCUGUCAAAAGUCAUGUUGUUCCUCUAACUCAAGACAAAUCGGAAGACACUAAAGCAACAUCUGAUGAUGAUUCCUCUCGGUUUCAAACUUCAAUUAUUAUCAUGUGCCUCUUAGCAAUACCCAUUCUUUGUUUAGUCUUGGUGACUGUAUUCCUAAGGCUCAAAAGAAGAGGUAAAUUCCAGCAGUCCUAUUUUGGUAACCUGAAAGGUUGGUGGGGCGGUUAUAAAACUCCUCAUCCUCAGGAUAAAUUCAAUUUGGGAAGCCUUCUGAAUCCUCACAAAGGUUUUGAUCGUGUCUCACUGGAAGAAAGUGAUGCGGACGGUGAUGAUGGAAGUGAAUCAGAUAUUGAAGAAUACAGUGCAAUUGCUAGGAAAACCUAAAGAGUACGUACAAAAAAAAACAUUGCACUUACAAAGAUGAAUGUGGUGAUUUUAUGUUUUUCAUCUUCUAUUGUUAACAUUCCAAAAUAAGUACCUAUAAUCAUAAAAUGAUGGCCUAUCUAUGCAAUAUGUGUUAUUCUUGAACCAUCAAUCUGAAUUGUAUAUAUAUUUUAUAAUGCUUUAGAAUUUUAAGAGCCUUGGACAGUUAAAUAUAUAUAUAUUAAGUAAUCUUAUCGU